AUGGUUUGAGUGGGUGAUUGCCUACACGACCCUGCACAGUUGGCUAUGGUUUGAGUGAGUGACCCCGCCAUUUUCUCUUUUAUUUCAAAAUCAGAUCACUGGCAAACCACUUGAAGAAUGGCAUAUUUUGAAGAUAUUGUGCAUCAGGGAGCAUCACACACGCCUGGUGUCUUGGAAAAUGGUUUUGUUCCUCUUGUCAUUAGCACUGGAAUUGACAAAGAACGCCUGUUCAAAGCUGUUAAUCUUCGAAAAAAAGGUGCUGAAGUUGACUUUGCAUUUGGGGAAAAACUGUUUUUCGAUAGAACUACCUCAAAUCCUCUAAAAGUUGACAAACUUGGAUACAUCCAAAUUCCAGUUUCUGUUAAGGAUAUUCAAAGGCUUAAGGAAAAAUCUGAAUUAGGACUGUAUGGAAAAGGAUUAAAUAGCUUUUUCGACUCCUCAAAAAGAUUGGCCUUACAAUUUGAUGCUUCAAAACUAACCUCAACUAUUAUCGAUGAUCUCAACUUGCUGUCAAUGGUCAUGCGUCAUCUAGACCUGCCUUCUGAUUUGAUGAAUGUUCAAGCAAAUCUUCACCAAUUGAUUUUAUAUGAAUCACAUGGCCAUUACAAGCGUACCUCGGAGUCGCAGAAAGAAUUUGGUUCGUUUGGUACUCUAAUUCUUCAGUUACCCGUGGAAGGUGGUCAUGAAGGUGGACGUUUCAAAGUUCAGUAUCGAGGAAAAGAGCAAGUGUUUGACAAUCAUCAAGACAGCGAUCGAUGUUUUUACGCAUCGUCGUUUUAUGGAAAUUGUCAGCAUUCAAUGGAACCCAUAACAAAAGGGUCAAAAUUGACGUUAGUCUUUGAUCUUGUUUGGACAAAUGCCAAGAAUAUAGUUCCGCAAGAUAUCCCUGUGUUCCUUACCGCGCUGAAGAAUAUUAAAGAAUCUCUUCCAACUUGGAUUAAUAAUCGAAACGGUAAUGACCAAAACAAGAAUCCCAGAAAUACCACGUUGCCAAACGACCCGGACGCAUCAUUCACUUAUGAAGCUCUGACAGUCGCAUGGUCGUCCGAAAAUCAUUCAAACGAAAAACUUAAUUCAAAUUCAUUACUAGCUAAAGAAAAUACUUGUGAAAUUGUAAGCACGGAGUUUGCUACCCCUAAAUUGCCCGAAAAUUGUAAUGAUAAUCAUCACGAGCAAACUCAACACCAACCACCGUUGGACGUAUCGAUUCAGGGUGGUGCAUGCACUAUGGAAGUAAAUGCUUGUGACGAAGAUCAAGACGAUUAUCAAGAGGCGGAUGAAGACGAGGAUGAAGACGAGGAAGAUUCUUCGGAAGAAAAUGAAGUCGGGACUUUCGAAGAAAAUGUUUUGUACUUUGUUCUCGAAGGAAAAUAUGUCGAAGAUGAUUUCACGUUUCGUCGACUUCAAGGAAAAGAUCGAGAAUUGGCGCAACUUCUUCAAUGUUGUGAUUUCCUUGACACACAUUUAGCCGUGGUUACUCAAACCGUUUCAACAACUCGUGCUGAAUAUGAUCCGUAUUAUUCGCGUAAAUGGCAUAACUACUGUGAUCACGAGAAAACAGAAUCUACCACCAAAAUUUCGCGAUGGAUUGACUCAAAAAAUAUUCCAAUGAAAAUGAGCUUGGAUUUAAAUUGGAAGAAGCAGUGUGUUGGACCUCUUAGAAACUUGCCUACAUCAGACAGCAGAACAACUGACUCGGAGGAUGAAUUCGAUGACUGUGAUGAAUGUGCAGGCGGGUGUGAUAGUUGGAAUACUACUGAAGAACAUUCCCACUAUUUUAUAUUGGUUAUUUGGCCUAAGCAUCAAUCGGCUCAGAUGUAUUGUCGCUAUGGUCUUCACGCACUACUAGAAAUAAUGGAAGUUGAUAUUUCUUCAACUAGUUGGCUUAAGAAAAACCAACAGAAUGCCACCGAGAGUUUACGAACGAUCAUUUCUUUUUGCUCCGCUGAUCCUUGGAAGGUGUGGACCCAAACAAUAUUAGAAAAAGGUGAAUUGACUCGAAGAUUGCUUCGUCUUUGUAUUGUUUUACGAGCGCGUGAGGAAGGUAUCAGUCUCCUGAAGAUUAUUGCAUCCGAUUAUCCCUUGCCACAAGAACGACUCCGCAGCAUGCCAGGAACUUUUGAAGGUAUCCAAACAGAACAAGUUGCUAAGGCGAUCGCUGAGUUGGAAUGUCUAGUCAUUGGUUGGAAGGAUUCCGCUGAUCUAAUUCAGAAAAUGAUUUCUCCUGAUCGAAUCGUCCAGCAGCUGGUACCGAUAAUCAGUUUAGCUCAGCACUUGUUGAACUUUCAUUGCUUAGAGGGAGCGGCAUUAGUUGGAGAUCGCAUUUCGUCCUCAUUGAUCAAUUUUAACAACCACCAAGCACAGAGGUUAAAACAAUCGGAAAUCCAAAGUUACGUUGAGUUUAUGAUUUCGAUGGAAGAAAAUGCCAAGACUGCAAAUCCUCUAAGAACCAAGUCGUUUACAACUCUAUUCUCAAAACUGGAAUCCUCAAUUCAGUGCUACCUGGUUCUGGAGAUGGAAGCUCAAGUUAGUUCGCGGUUCAAGAACUUGGACUCUUGCAACAACAUGUUCCAGGAAUUGUGCAAAGCCCUGCCUCUUUGUGAUUGCCGUUCCUCGUCGAUCAAGGGGAAUGUGAUAGUUGACUUGAUAUGCUGUUACUUUAGGAUUGGAAACGAAGAAUUGCUUCAGACUCUGAUAUCUAAAAUUUUCCAAGUUCCAGCCAACCCUGAAGAAAAUCAAUCUCGUUCUUCGGAGAAAGCAUUGGAAAAGGUUAUUUCAUCCCCACUAAUAUUGGAAUUGGCUUUAUCUUCUGAAAUAGGCCUGUCUGUUGUGCUAUCGCUAGUUGAUAAACAGCUAAUUUCCGUAACGAGCCAGCUUCAAAAGAUUCUUCAAGGCGAGGCUCAGCCGCCAGCAUACGUCAAUAGAUUGUACCAGCAGAACGAAACUCAACUGCUUCUUAGUUUAUCGUCCUGUCUUCGAAUUGUAAUUCGCGUGGAAAAGAAUUCCUGCUAUUCCACUGCGCAACGAUCGUCGUCGAUUUCAUCACUACUGUCGAAGUUGAAUGCUCAGCAACUAACCACCGUCUUAAAUGACAUAUUUAAAUCAAGCUCCAGGCAUUUGAAAAAACCUUCGUCAACCAUUAUUCGUCAAAUUUGUGAUCUCCUGAUUUAUAAAUUGAGUGCAAACACAGGUGUUGUUCUUGGCAGGAACUCUAUUUUGCAGUCGAUGAAGGCCUUAAUUGAGGUGAAUGACGAGUCACUUACUCAAACUUUGUUCAAGCAAUUUUGUGGAAAGGAAGGAACUGGAUCAAGGAGCAAACAAAACAAAUCCGCCAUAUUCCGCGAUAUCAUGUCUUCCCCUGACGUGUGGGGGAAAUUGGAUUCUUCAUCAAGGCAGAUAAUCAUGAAUACCUGUGCUUCGCUUAUUCAAACAUCGAUCGCGGAAAUUUCCCGAUCCCUGAAUUCCCUCAAUGGAUCUACUGCCACUAGUGCCACCCCAAUCAAAACAUCGCCAAAACUACUGACUGAAAUCAUAGUUGAUUGUGUUCAACUUUUCUUUUGGGGAGAGAAGAACAGAUUUGAUUUAGAACAAAAGAUCACCGCCGAAGCCUUUCAACCACUUAUCAUGAAACUAAAUUCUUCUGUACUUUUGGAACUUGUAUUGCAGCUCCACAAAUCGGAGUCUGAUGCCCGUCCCAACAUCAAGAAAUUUCCCAUCUGUAUGGAUUGGUAUCGCACCAUAUGCAGAAUCUUGUUCACUAUGGAGUUUGUGUCGCUUGUCAACUUGGACGUAGCAACCCGCAUCGUCAAUUGCCUCUUGUGGCUUGAAGAUGAAGAGUCGUGGAAACAGUUCGCACAGAGUGUUUGCAAAAAUUUUCAAUCGUCGCGAGGCAAUCUUUUUGUGCAAAUCUUCUUGAAGGAUCUUCCUAUCCAGCGAGCACUUAAAGCUUUUGCUCCUGCUUUUGCUGCUUUCGUGCACAUCGUGGACCACUGGGCUCAGCAUUCCGUGAAUCUGAAGGAACCGACAUUCAGCUGGCAGCAGUCCAAAGCCGUUGUACCGAAUUAUCCUGAAGUCCAAACCUUUCUUCGUUCACCUCAAGAGUCUAUGGCCUACAUGAAAUUUGGUGGAAUCGCUGAGGCUCGUCGUUUUGCUGACAGUCUCCAGGCUAUGGGGCAAUCAAAUAAUUUCAGUGUUUCAGUUACUUCAUCUGGUAGUGGAAAAAAUUCUCGGUGUGACAUUAGGAAAAAUCGAAAUUUCUUCGAACGCAUUACACGAAAAUUUUUUAGCAGGAAAGCUGAAUUGAUUGAAUUGAUAAAACUUCGUAACCGCCUCGGCCAAGAAAUUGCCCUAGUGGAACAAUUGUCUGCUGCGAUUUCUUCAACACCAAUUACAACUGACGAGGUCUGCGUCGUCCCUCCACCUAAGCGUCCCAAGCUCGACAUACCUGUAAUUGAACUGGAAUGAAGACAUGUUUUGUGUUGUUUUAUUUGUUUCUAAUUAAGAACUCUUGCUUGAUUUCAUCAGCCAUUCAGUUUUAACUCGGAAUGUAUUUUUGUUUGAAUAAAAACUUCACUCGUUGGGUUUUCU